AUGGAGGAUGUCUUUGUGACAAUGGACUACAGUUCACAGCCGACAUUUGUAUCGAGUGCGGUCCUGAGUCUUCUGGGUGAUUUCCAAGAGCUGAUGACGUAUUGGAAUCAUCAGACACAAGUUGAUACAGACAAUCACUUGGAAGUUGUGUACUUGAAGUGGCUGGAAUGGUGUUUGGUUUGGCUGAAACAGUCCUCGUGUGUGUCAACGGCGUUGCAGCUCUUCAAUGACAUCGAGUCUUUAAGCAUGGCAAGUCAGAAGGCAUUCGUUGCAAGUGUAAGUCAAUACUCAUUUCUCCAGCAAUGGUUACUCUAUCUGAGUCGAGUGGGGCUUUUGACAGUGCUCGCUGAGCAAGACGAUGUGAUGAUCGAAGUACUUAAUGGCCUCACUCAGAUGGCAUCGCUUGUCAGUGACGCCGACGAUACCCUUACUCACCGACACUCGUCAUUCAUUACGCCCCUGACUACCGACUAUGACCCGGACUUGCUUUUUGCUGAUCUGGUGGACACGCUUGGGCGGGACCACUUGGUGCUUCUAGACCUUCUCACCUCAAACGAAACACAAAUGCUCGAGUACUUGAUGCGAUAUUUGCGGCAUUUUAGCACGCACUGGAACACCAGCAAGCGAAAACUGCAGACUGAAGACAGACUGGAAGGCGUGAUGAGCGUACUCAUCCGAUUGCGACUAGAGAUCGAUCGACUCGUGGGCGCGGACCUAUUUCCAUACGGUGCAGGGCCACUGACAAGGCGAUUGCUGGCAGUCGAACAGCUUUACGAAGAAUUGGGUCAUGAGGAUGCAGAGCAAUUAUAA